AUGUCCAAUGAAGCAGUUGCUGGUUUCAUAGCCAUCAAAACCCUACAGAAUCGACCAUUACGCUAUUUUGAUGCCAAUUUCAAUGAAUUCAGAGAUAAAAAUAUGACCAUGUACAUCCAAAAGAAAUACGCCGAUCUCAAAAGUUGUAUUUAUCAAACAAACAAUCUAGAACGAACUGGAGUACCAGAACUCCCAAUCCAAACAUUUACAACCACACAAUUGUAGAUCAAACCCAAAGCUAAUGACGGAUUAAAAGAAGUGAAAGCUAAUUAUGAAUUGGAUGAAAAGGUUAUAGAAAUCAUGCAGAAAGUCAUAGAUCAAGAGGAAUUAGAAGGCAUUCUAUCCUAAUGUCAGGGCUAAUCUAAUACGAACAAAUAAAAAAAUUGGAAAAAAAAGGCAAUAUCUGUUCCCCAGAAAUUAGCACUACUUAUGAAUGAUCAAAUUGAACAAAGAGAUUUGGAUACGCUUUUUGAUCAAUAUCAAAGAUAAAAUCUCAAAUCUUCUUUGGAUGAACUCAAGAUGUCAGUCAAGGACCCCAAAUUGAUCUACAAAAAAUUAGGCAAAGAAGGAUUUCAAAAAGUUGAAUUUAAUGACUAAGAACAAGUUAACUUUUUUAUGAAGAAGUUAUGUGAGGAAUAAAAAUUAGAUGCGUGUUCAGUUUUGGAAAUCAAAAAUGAUAAUAUUAAAUUCAAGGAAGAUGCAUGUGAUGAAGUGGAGAGAUGGAGGAAUAUCGUUUAGAAGCGUAUUACGCAAGAAUAGAUGUAAAAGAUUUUAGCUGAUGAAGAGAUGAAAUAAAACAAACAACUAGUUCAAAUAUUCAAAGAUACAAGGAUUGAUCAAUUCGAUCCUGACUUUUUUAAGAAGAAAGUUAAAGGCAAAACCAUGAAAAGAGUCAAUGAAGCAUAAGAUACUCAAUAUCACAAGUUCUUUGUUUAAACAGAUACAAAUAAAAAUACAUUCGGAAAGGAGGAUUUCCUGAGAAAGAAGUUUGAUUAUACAACACCUAAAUCUAAAGUUGAGAGCACUCUCAGAUCCACCAGACCUACUACCAGUGUUAGUAGAUCCCAUAGAGUGUUGCAUAGAUCUGAUAUUGAAUUCAAUAAGUUUAUCAAGUAAUGCAAUGUUGUAGAACAGACUUUUCAACAAAGCAAUACGAAACUAAAUGAGAGAUUUCAGUAGUUGGAUAAAAUGAUGGAUAAAGCAUGUCAAUAUUUAGAAGAUGAUAAACCGUAAGAGGAAAAAGAACCAAAUCAAGAUUUUGAGAGAUUUAAGAAGUAACGUCUAUUCAAAAAGAAAUUCGUUACUUAUCUAAUUGACAAAGUAGAAAAGCAGUCAGAUCUACUGAGUUAAAAGAUUAAAACUGUAUAAUCAAGAAGAUUGAUCGAAAAGGUCCUCUCUGAAAAUUUAUGA